UUUUUUUGCAGAAUCGUUACUUGUGAUGAAUUCACCUCCGAAAAUAUCCUUCGACGUGUAAGUCAGAUCGACGAGUCUCUAAAUCGACAGCUCAGAAAAGGAGUGGAAGAAAACCUAUCAAGGUUAUUAGAACAAACAACAGCUUUGGAAGCAUUGGAUUGCACACAGCGAAGUGUUCACUCAGAAAUGAACGAAGUGUACGAAGGUUGUGAUAGGUUUGCGAAAACACUUGACUCGCUGCUCAAUGAUUAUCGCAAUUUGACCGCGAAGCUUGAAAGAAUAAUUUGUGGAAGAAUCUUGCAACGGCAUGCCAGGUGCGAGGAGUUGUUGGACUCACUAGAAAAGCGGAAUGAGAUUGUCAAACGCUCUGAAAUUAUCAGCGAAAUUAAAGGAGUAGUAGCGGACAACACAGAUUUGCUGUCGAUUUCGUGCGCCGUGUCUGCUGCCGAUGAUAUGCGUCGAGGUCUCGUUAGCCUGAACGCUUCUCUGAUUGCUUCGGCCAUCAGAGCUCUGGAAAAUCUUGGAGUGCUUGAGGCUGAACUCGAGGUGCAGUUGUCAUCAGCGGCCGCAGAGGUUGAUUUGAGACUGGUGGAGUUGUCGUCAUCUUCUGAAAAUAGUGUGCGACUCCUUCAGCAAUGCGUUAAUCUUAUACAUUCACAACUUGAACAGUGUGCUUUAUUAGGUGAACCUUCAAGUCGUUUGUUGAUAGCAUCUUUCUUCGUUUCACAAGAGAGUUCUUCAAUUUUCGCUGUCUUCUACGGAAAACGUUCAAUUAUGCCGCAUUCAGGCAAAACUCAAAUGAUGAAAUUCGUUGAAAAAUUAGCACGAAUUCUCCGUGCUCGUGUACCUUCGGAUGCACCUUUCGGCUUGAGAUUCGUCCAGCAGAUGAGUCGGGUGCUCAACGCGCGACCGGAAUGCGCGGGACCGCUUAUUGAGGCCCUACGUCCACUCAAAAUCUCUAUUUUGAGUCAAUCAUUGGCCAGACUUCACCGAAUAGUAGAACAGCACGACUUUACCACCACACAGAACUGGGUCUUUGUGGACGUGUUGAUAUCGGCCGUUGAAGAAGAAACGAAGCGACUUGAGUGGGAUAACGAGCUCCGAGACGAGACCGAGAGAAAUAUCCAGAAAUGCCUCAGUAUGGUUGCGAAGCGCUUGGAGUCCGAGUUGAAAUUGGAUCCAGAAAAUUUACUU